ACUGGAGAGCAGAGACACCCCCCUUUCUUUACGGCCGUCGAAGGUUCUGUAAUCAGUUAAUAAGAGUAAGCGAGAAAAAUGUCUCGGGAGGUUGAGGAAGACGAAGAUCGCCUCCGACAAAGGAGGCUGGAAGAAGUUCUUGAAGUCAAAUCCCUCAGGCGCAUCAUUAGUGCCUAUCUCAAUUAUCCUGAGGCUGCAGAAGAAGAUGUCCAAAGGUACGAAAGAUCUUUCAGAAAGCUUCCAGCUGCUCACAAGGCUUUAUUGUCACACUACCCUUCCAAGUUCAAGAGACUGAGACGGUGUAUUUCUGUAAAUUCCUAUUUCAUUUUUAACAUGCUUCAGGCAUUUGAACCUCCUCUAGAUAUGAGCCUAGAUGUGGAUAUUUGUGGAGAUCCAGUCCUCGAGAAUGUUCCAUAUGAUCAUCCCACUGGAGAGAGGAAGGCUUGUUCUCCAUUUGCCUCAACUAGUGGGAGAAUGCGUUGUUCUAAACAGGACCAAGCCUUGCUUCAGGAGGGGAGCAACAUAUUGUGCAAUUCAAUAACAGGGCUAACCACUGAUGAGGAAAUGCAAAGUGCACAUUUAGACAAGAUCCCUCCUGGGAAUUUUGCUGGAACCAUUGUUAAACAUGAUGAACAAGAUGAACAUGGUGGGAAUGAUGUCACUGGUUCCAACGGAAAUGUUACUUCAUCAUCGCACAACUGGUUGGAUCCGUCAUUACAGUUGAAUGUUCCUUUAGUUGAUGUCGAUAAGGUUCGUUGUAUAAUAAGGAAUAUAGUAAGAGACUGGGCAGCAGAGGGAAAGAACGAACGUGAUCAGUGCUAUAAACCUAUCCUUGAAGAGCUUGAUGCCCUAUUUCCUAAUCGUUGCAAGGAGAGGAGUCCUCCUACUUGUUUAGUUCCUGGCGCUGGACUUGGACGGCUUGCCCUAGAAAUAUCAUGUCUAGGUUUUGUGAGCCAGGGAAAUGAAUUUUCGUACUACAUGAUGAUAUGCUCCAGUUUUAUCCUUAAUCACACUCAGACUGUUGGACAGUGGACAAUAUAUCCAUGGAUCCACAGCAACUGUAAUUCACUUUCAGAUGGUGAUCAACUUCGUCCAGUUUUAAUACCAGAUAUUUUGCCUGCAAGUGCUGGAAUUACUGAAGGCUUUUCUAUGUGCGGUGGGGAUUUUGUUGAAGUCUAUAAUGAUCCAUGCCAAGUAGGAGUCUGGGAUGCUGUUGUGACCUGUUUCUUCAUCGACACAGCACAUAACAUUAUUGAGUACAUUGAAAUCAUAUCUACAAUUUUGAAAGAGGGGGGAGUUUGGAUAAAUUUGGGACCCCUGCUGUAUCACUUUGCAGACAUGCAUGGGCAUGAAGAUGAGAUGUCUAUUGAACUCAGCUUGGAAGAUGUAAAGAAGGCUGCUUUACAUUAUGGAUUUGAGUUUACGAAAGAAAAGACCAUUGAGACAACAUAUACAACAAAUCCACGAUCAAUGAUGCAAAAUCGGUAUCAUGCUGCUUUCUGGACAAUGAGAAAGAUAAAAGCGGCAACAACAUAGUAUGCCAGAGUCGCAGCAAUAUGUGGUCCUGCAUUUAUGGCCCCAGAUGUCCAUUUUUUAACAGACUGGGAUAUUAUUGAACCUGAUUUUCAUUUUCUUCUGUGAUACUCGUUGCUUAAAUGUGGAAUGCUGCGAAGUACGAUACUUGUGUACUACCAUUUUUUGUAGUUUGCUGAUAUAAAUUAUUACAAUCAAUUGCUUGCUUGAAUCAGAUGAUGUGAGAUUUUGGUGGUGGGAUGAAUUGAUGCUACCAUAAAGUUAAAACUUAAAA